AUGCAGCUAACAAAGCUAACUUCAAUGCGAGAUGGACAUAGGAAAGUUGUCGAAAACCUACUUUUGAAGUUUGAGGAGGAAUCAUCUAAUUUCAAGCGCAUCAAGUUGCUGGAAAUUCUAGCGGAGAAGGCGGAAACCAUCAAAGCCUUAUGUGAGAAAAUCGUAAGUCAUGCAGACAUUACUGACUUGGAGACGGAGCUUGUUGAGAGUGAGGAAUACUCUAUCGACCUUGAAUUAAAACUGCUGACACACCGUAGACAAACACAACAUGCAUCCGAGAACACAGACUUAUCCAAGAGUGACGAAAACAAGAAUCGAAAUGCAGAGGCGAUACGGAUAAACGAACCGUCAGCGCCAUCAGAAGUGAUGCCACAGCUUUAUCACAAAUUGCCACACCUUUCGCUGCCGAAUUUUAAUGGUGACAUAACCAAAUGGCAAACUUUCUGGGAUUGCUACAAGUCAUCAGUGUAUUCGAACCACACCCUGUCUGAUGUUCAAAAAUUCAGCUAUCUGCGAUCAUUGUUACAUGAAAGCGCUGCCUCAAGUAUUGCUGGUUUCCCAUUAACGAAUGCAAAUUACGCAAAAGCCGUUGAGCUACUAAAAGAACGUUUUGGCCAGACGCAUAAGAUCAUCAGCUCGUAUAUGCAGUCCUUGCUUGAACUGCCACGGCCGGAGAAUACUCCGCACAGCAUACAGACUUUUCGUGAUAAAAUGGAAACAUUCAUCAGAGGCCUCGAGUCCUUAGGCCAGUCUCAGCGACCGACCAUGGACGCUACCGGAAGUGAGACGAGCCAUUGGAACGGAAAUCAACGUGUUACAGGAAGGAGAAAUCCCAGUGUUUCAGGAACAUCACAUGCCAACAGCAUCCUUCCUUGCCGGAAAUGGUAG